CCUAGGGUGCUGGCAGCGGCGCCGGCGGAGAUAACCAGACUUAAGCCAGAAACAUAUUGACGUGUCGUGACGCAUUGGUUUCAUACAUUUAAGAGAGAGAGAGAGAUGUUAGAGGGUCGACACGACACGACACGUUAAUAUGUUUCUGGCUGUACGAAAAGCACCAAAUUAAAAAAAUCUUAUGCGUUCCGUUCCGUACCUACAUACAACUUACGUUUUGGUGCAACAUAAGUCAAAUUUGACGUAAGCACCAAAUCUUGAAGUUAAAUUUUUCCGCUGUUUUUCACUGGUGUUUUGCGUUGCUUGUGCGUAAUCUCGUAAUAAAUUCUGAAAAUAACGACGCUUCAGUUUUUACUUUCGUAAAUUUGGUUCAUUAAUGAAAUGCUAUUCAAUUACCAUGUUUCCAUAAAUUUAACUUUAUUUAACUAGUUUUGACUCUGUUGUGGAUGGAAAUCUAUUGUUACGAGUGACGACAUUGUGAUAUUAGUAAAAAUGACUGAUAAACCAGUAGUAGCGACUGGAAGCAAUCAGCCGAUUGUAAAAAUCGGCCACUAUACUCUUGGAGCUACUUUAGGUGUCGGUACUUUUGGGAAAGUCAAGAUAGGGGAGCACCAACUGACAAAACACAAAGUGGCUGUAAAGAUAUUGAACAGACAAAAGAUCAAAUCACUCGAUGUGGUGGGAAAGAUCAGACGCGAAAUACAGAAUUUGAAACUUUUUAGGCAUCCCCAUAUAAUCAAACUUUACCAGGUGAUUUCUACCCCAACAGACAUAUUUAUGAUUAUGGAAUAUGUAUCAGGAGGUGAACUCUUUGAUUACAUUGUGAAACGGGGUAAACUCCAAGAGCAUGAAGCUCGGCGUUUCUUUCAGCAAAUAAUUUCUGGUGUGGACUAUUGCCAUCGGCAUAUGAUAGUUCACAGAGAUCUCAAACCUGAGAACCUGUUACUGGACCAUAAUAUGCAUGUGAAGAUAGCUGACUUUGGUCUAUCGAACAUGAUGAUGGAUGGAGAGUUUUUGAGGACUUCCUGUGGAUCACCUAACUAUGCUGCCCCAGAGGUUAUAUCAGGAAAGCUGUAUGCUGGUCCAGAAGUAGAUGUAUGGUCCUGUGGAGUUAUCCUUUAUGCAUUACUCUGUGGAACCCUACCCUUUGAUGAUGAACAUGUUCCUACACUGUUUAGAAAAAUCAAAUCUGGAAUAUUCCCAAUACCAGAGUACUUAAAUAAGAGUGUGGUCAGUCUGUUGUGUACGAUGCUUCAAGUGGACCCCAUGAAGAGAGCUAGCAUUGAAGAUGUGAAGAAACAUGAUUGGUUCCAAAAGGAUCUUCCGGGUUACCUGUUCCCAUCACCUGUUGAACAGGUAUAUGACAGCAGUGUCAUUGACACUGAGGCCAUUUCAGAGGUUUGUGAAAAAUUCGGAGUAAAGGAACAUGAAGUACACAACGCUCUAUUGAGCGGUGAUCCCCACGACCAACUCGCCAUCGCGUACCACCUGAUCAUAGACAACAAGAGGAUCGCAGACGAAGCGGCCAAAGCUGAGAUCAAAGACUUCUAUGUCGCCAGUAACUCACCUCCCGCAACUAGCGAGAGCUCGCGGCCUCACCCGGAGCGGAUCGCGCCGCUGCGGGACAAGGCGUCGCCGGCGGCCGCCCAACCCGCCGAGCCCAAUAAGGCGCGAGGCACUCCCGUCAAAAGAGCCAAAUGGCACUUGGGAAUCCGUUCGCAGAGCAAACCGAAUGAUAUAAUGCUGGAAGUGUUCCGCGCCAUGAAAGCGCUCGACUACGAAUGGAAGGUCAUCAACCCCUAUCAUGUUAGGGUACGAACUCUCAACAAGAUGACCGAAAAGUACGUGAAGAUGUCACUGCAACUCUACCAAGUGGACUACAAGUCUUACCUUCUGGACUUCAAGUCGUUGUCUGGUGAGAAGGAAGAGUCUGACGAAGAGGCUGCUUCACCCUUAGCCCCCCCUCCACCUCCCCCCGCUAUCCCAUCGCAACCCCAAGGACAUCACACGAUGGAGUUUUUCGAAAUGUGUGCCGCGCUUAUCAUACAGCUUGCUCGGUAAAAACUCGCCCGGUAAAUUGAUUGUAAUCAAUCCCCGGCCCCUCCUAUUUACACACUAAGGCUCGUAUUACAGAAUGACAACUAAGUGUUGAUCUUUACUUGAGUA